AGCUACUGUGCUCCUCGCACACAUUUCACGUUCUAUGUACGAUAAGUUCGUAGGCGAGUGCUGUUCUCUCGAGUUUCAUCGACGUUUCGCCUGUCCUGUGUCACAUUUCGCGGAUCUCUCGUGACUGCAUCGAACGCAGGUCAAUUCCGCCGAAAUGCUCAAUCACGUGUUGCGGCCGAUUGCUCGCAACUUGGUCAGAGGCGGCGCUCGGUCCAGCAGUUCGCACGCAGUGGAUAUUAAAAAGGCGACAAUAAAUGACAUACCUCAGUCGUGCGGGGCGUGGAAAGACCACUACGACUCGAGGCAGAAGGUGUACAAUGCUCAACUAAUCGCUGGUCUCGCUGUCCUAGUUGGCACCAUAACUUUUGUAAAAGUGUCGGGCAUUAUAUUCUUCAACUUUAACCCACCCGAGGAGCCCGCUGAAAGCAAAUAAACAUUUAUAAAAAUCUUAGCUAAAGAUAGAUACAGAAGCAAUCUGGCCACGCAGCUGUUGACAAUGUUAUUACUUUAUUGUGCGAGUACAACACGCAAUAACUUGUACUAUCCUCAAUAAAUAGUUCAUAUUUAUGAA